UUUCCACACACUUAAGUAGAUCUGAUUCCCUUUGCCCACCACUGUUGUUGCUCUACUCUCCUAACUCUCUCUCCUCUCCCUCCCCAGGUAAAGCAGGAGUGCGGUGAGAACGUGCCCGUCCUGUCCGACAACGAGCUCAUGUCCCUGACGGUGCGCGAGCUGAACCUCCACCUGCGCGGCAUGUCCCGCGACGAGAUCCAGAAGCUGAAGCAGCGCCGGCGCACCCUGAAGAACCGGGGCUACGCCGCCAGCUGCCGGGUCAAACGGGUGUCCCAGCGCGAGGCUCUGGAGCUGCAGAAGACGGAGCUGCAGAGGGAGGUGGAGCGGCUCGGGGUGGAGAACGCCGGCAUGAGGAAGGAGCUGGAGGGGCUCGGCGCUCGAUUGGCCGCCCUGCAGAGGUUCGCCCGGGGGUUAGAGAGCGGCGGGGGGGGGAACAUCCUCGCCACAGCACCACGACUCAACACCGCCUCCGUCAUCACCAUCGUCAAGAGUCCGGCACAGCGGGGGGCACAGAGAGACCAGGAGCCGUCCUAGAAGGAGCUGAGGGACUGAGGGAAGGAGGGGAGGAGAGGAGGACACACACAACCUGCAAUGCAAACACACAAACUACACACAGGAUAUUAUUAGUAGGAAAAUACUAAGCACUUGUACUGCGUUUCGCCUCGUUCACAUGCUCAAAUACGCAGAUAUGUUUAGUUCUAUCCAGAGGACGGGUGGAGGCGUCCUCCACUGUCUCACCACGACUGAACAUUUGUUUUAGGAUUAUAAGACGCAGCAGUUUUCAUGUGAACGAGGCGGCAUCGCAGGAUAAACUCUGACUGAAGACGAGAGAGAGAGAGAGAGACUGUCCAGUGAAGCCAGUCCUGCUGCUGCUUCUGCUUCUUCCACACACCUGCAGUCCUGUGUCUCUGCUACUGUGCAACAAAGUGUCCCAAAGUGAGACUCUUGUUAAUCGUUAAUGCAGAGUUUCUCAACCUCAGUGUCACUUGAUAUGCAGGCGGGUUCCAAGAGAGCACUGUUUUAAAAAAAAAAAAAAAAAAAGUGCUAACGUGGUGAGAGUCCAGGAAUAGGUUGAGAAACGCUGCGUUUGCAAAAAUGAUCAGUGACAUUUCUGCGUUUUCUUGUUUUGUUUGGGAUUCACCUGCCGAUACUUCCUCGCUGUUCCUCGCGUGAGGGGAGUGUCGUUUUUGUACUGCUUGUGUUCACAUUUCUCACAUUAAUGCAGUGCCUUCAGUAGAAGAACCUAAGAGGGGAAACAGACUGUAACCGCUCAGUUUAACUGUUCAUUUCUUUUAAAUGUCUCGGAGCUGUAAUCCUGCAUUGCUCAUUACACAAUCCCUACUGUGCAGUAAGUCUGCUGCGGCUUCCUUUUUUGUGUUUUUUUUAAAUAUCUGGUCGACUCCCAACAGCACAUGUUGGUCAUUUUUGCUACAAAGGAGCGGAGUGGCAUCUGGUAGGAAUUACACUCGAGUGGAUGCAGAAAACCCUCCGCAUACAUUCCCGUUCUGUGUUCUUAUUUGUAAUGUUCGUACGUGCCGUUGAGAGACGAAAAUGUUGAGUGACAUUUAUCAGAGAUAUAUUCUAUAUUUUAUUUGUAUUUAAAGGUAGACGUUAUGAAAAGACAAGCUAACGAGUGCUGUGAUGUUCUAUGUGUUUUCAGAAGUACUUAUGACUAGUCCGGGGAUAUUCUCAUGUCUAAUUAUUGUGUUAAUGUGUGGCAACGAUGAUUACUUUACAAAAAAAUGUUAAUUAUUAGCUAUGUAGAAGAUAUGCUCAAAGCCAAUGGCCAUAUUGCUGUAUGAUGAUGAUGAUGAUGAUGAUGAUUUCCGUGUGUGUGUUUUUUGCCAUGUGUGUGUACUGGCUUGUCAUAGUGGAUUCUUGGAGGGAUAUUAUUUUUCUAUGAUGAUAUUUGUAUGUUUUAUUUGUGUGAAAAAAUUAAGGUCACUUCUGUAUCGGCUGGGUGGACGGGUCCACGGGAUGUUAAAGGAAAAGGUGGAGAUGAGGAUGAGGAGAGAUGAAGGUGGAGGAGUUGUUUUGUUGGAAGAUGGAGAAAGGAAGUAGGAAAGGAGGAUGAGAAGGAGGAGAAGAGGUGGUGCUUUAUUCACUUGAAAAUCUCACACGUUUUAGCCAAAAUGAGCUAAAACUGGCUUUCUUGGAGCGUCGGCCACUGAAUCGUGCGAGCAAUAUCGUUUCUGAGCGGCGGAGUAACACAUGAGUCUGUGGACGAGUAACUCCUUCAGAUAUGAGGCAUAUAUUUAGCUAUAUGAAUAUCGGUGUGGCAAAGCAUUUAUUCUCUGUUAACGUCUCACAUCUGUCGAACUGUGCUGGAUGUUUUGUAAUACUUUGCAAAACAAAAAAAUGUUUUUUGUAUUUAUUACUUGUAUUUUUUCUAUUGUGAAAAUUUAAGUACAUUGUCUAUUUUAUAUAUUAAUUAUAAUAAAUGUUGUACAUAUUGUA